ACCAAGAGGAAAGUCUGCUACUACUACGACGUUUGGAAAGAGAGCGGUUCUGGGCGCCCACGAUGCAUCCAUCGCUCCUUCCUGAGCCCUAAAAGGAGCCAGGUCAUGUGACCCCCCCCGAGCCCAGGGGGCUUGAUUUCCAACCUCUUGGUGGUGCCUUGUAGCGGCCUUGGGGAAUGGGACACCACACCUGGUCCCCCCGCUCCCCCUCUUCCCCUGACAUCAGCUAAGACCCUAACCCCCACCUUCCCCUGACCCCGGUUGGACACGGGCUUACGUUUUGAGGCACGGGGAGGGGGUGCGGAGACCGUGCCGGUGGUGGGGGAUAGAGUCCAGUCCAGCCCGAGGAGGCCUGAGAGAGAGAGAUGGGUCUUCCCCGACAUUGUGCGUCUGCUUGUCUGUCCGUCCGUCCCCCCUGCCAGGGUCGAGCCCGCCCUGGUCGCUCUGCAGGUCGGCCAGGGCACUAAGACCAGUUGCCCUCUGACAAGGCCCACCUAUCCUCCCAGCCUUCUCUCUUUGUCACCCUGAAGAUCCUUGCACACUUACCUUCCUGUCCUCGGGGGAAGGCUGGGUCUGGCCUCACCCCUGGCACAGGGAGAAUACGUGUGUGUGUGUGUGUGUGUCUCCAUGUCCACCUGCCCACCCCCCACUCCCUCCUCCGCACCCCAUUCCCCUGGCAUCUUGCCAACGGUGUACCUGUCUUCUUCAGGGGACGUGGGCAACUACUACUACGGGCAGGGCCACCCGAUGAAGCCCCACCGCAUCCGCAUGACCCACAACCUGCUGCUCAACUAUGGCCUCUACCGCAAGAUGGAGAUCUAUCGGCCCCACAAGGCCAAUGCCGAGGAGAUGACCAAGUACCACAGCGACGACUACAUUAAGUUCCUGCGAUCCAUCCGCCCCGAUAACAUGUCCGAGUACAGCAAGCAGAUGCAGAGAUUCAACGUCGGGGAAGACUGCCCGGUGUUUGACGGACUGUUUGAGUUCUGCCAGUUGUCCACCGGAGGUUCCGUUGCCAGUGCCGUGAAGCUGAACAAACAGCAGACGGACAUAGCCAUCAACUGGGCCGGGGGGCUGCACCACGCCAAGAAAUCGGAGGCCUCCGGGUUCUGCUACGUGAAUGACAUCGUCCUGGCCAUCCUGGAGCUGCUCAAGUACCACCAGAGGGUACUGUACAUUGACAUUGACAUUCACCAUGGCGACGGGGUGGAGGAGGCCUUCUACACCACCGACCGGGUCAUGACCGUGUCCUUCCAUAAGUAUGGAGAGUACUUUCCCGGGACCGGGGACCUGCGGGACAUCGGGGCGGGGAAAGGCAAGUACUACGCGGUCAACUACCCCCUCCGGGACGGCAUCGAUGACGAGUCCUACGAAGCCAUCUUCAAGCCGGUGAUGUCUAAGGUGAUGGAGACGUUCCAGCCCAGCGCCGUGGUACUGCAGUGCGGCUCCGACUCGCUAUCCGGGGACCGGCUGGGUUGUUUCAAUCUGACCAUCAAAGGUCACGCCAAGUGUGUGGAGUUUGUGAAGAGCUUCAACCUGCCCAUGCUGAUGCUGGGGGGCGGCGGCUACACCAUCCGCAAUGUAGCCCGCUGCUGGACGUACGAGACGGCCGUGGCCCUGGACACGGAGAUCCCCAACGAGCUGCCCUACAACGACUACUUUGAGUAUUUCGGGCCUGACUUCAAACUGCACAUCAGCCCCUCCAACAUGACCAACCAGAACACCAACGAGUACCUGGAGAAGAUCAAGCAGCGCCUGUUCGAGAACCUGCGCAUGCUGCCGCACGCCCCCGGGGUCCAGAUGCAGGCCAUCCCCGAGGACGCCGUGCAGGAGGAGAGCGGGGACGAGGACGAGGAUGACCCCGACAAGCGCAUCUCCAUCUGCUCCUCAGACAAGAGGAUCGCCUGCGAGGAGGAGUUCUCCGACUCGGACGAGGAGGGGGAAGGCGGCCGCAAGAACUCGGCCAACUUCAAGAAAGCCAAGCGGGUGAAAACGGAGGAGGAGGCCGAGAAGGAUCCAGAGGAGAAAAAGGAAGUGAAAGAGGAAGAGAAGCAGAAAGAGGAGAAGCCGGAAGCCAAAGGGGUGAAGGAGGAGACCAAGUCCAUCUGAGCAGUUUGCGCUGGGUGGCCCGGCUGUCUGCAUCUCCGACCCUCUCCCUUCCCUUUCCCCUCCCCAGAGUUUAUAUUUUCUGUAUGUUCCUGUAUAUACUUUUAUAUAAAAUAUAAACGUCCCCCCUGGAGCAGAAGAGGGGGCACGUGUGGGGUCUGAGGCCGGAAUGAGACGCCCACAGUAACUUGAGCUUCCAACUGCCUCCCCCGUGUGCCACGGUGGAGGGGUCGGGGGUGGGGGGGGUUAAGGGAGGAAAUGUAAUUCACUUAUUUCCCCUCCUUCCUCCCCCCCACCCCCCCACUUCCUUUCUCUUGCUUUGUUUUAAACCAGCCCCCCACCGUUGUGUUUAAGCUUGCAUAGGAUGUGAGACCGGCUGGGCGGAAGCCAUCCGGCCCCCGGCCCGCGGUUGACUGGGGGGCAGACUCCCUGGGUGUGGGAAAUGAGGGAAGAACGGGUUCAGCACCUGGAGGAAGACAGAUUCCCUCCUCCCCAUCCCCCCCAGAGGCGCUUCCUCAGCUCCCCCAGAGUGCAAAGCCAUUGCCACUGUUCUCAGCGUAUUUUUGAAAGGGAAAAGGGCGCGUAUCCGUGUCCGGGGGUGCAGAGAAAGCACGGCCUGCUGAGGUCAAAAAGGGGCUUCCCGCCCGUGGCAGCUGUGGUUUCUAUCCCGAGACUCCCCGCUUGGCCAGUGGAUAGGAAUGUGGGCCUCCCCUCGCCCCCGCCCAUGCAGGGAAAAUGCAGCUGGCCCCUGCACUGACAGGUGGAUUCCCUUAUCGUCGGCAGGGCAGAAAAAUACCCCCAGGGGUGCCUUUUCCCCAGCCUCCUCCUGGGACGGGCACCCUGCCCGCUCUUCCCGCCUCCCUCUCCGGAGCGUGGCCGCCAAUCAUGCUGCUAUGGCCCACAGCUGAUGCCUUAGGUCCUCGUGCCCCCACCCGAGUUUCUGGGGGGCCGGGAUUCCUGUUGUCUUGAUUUCUUUUUUGAAUACGAGAGACUGGGUUGGUUUGUGUAUG